UGCAGGUCGAAAGCGUACGUACAUUGAUUUCAGACUAGUCUUCACGUUUCUGUAAUAAAGAUGUCGACAGCCCACUUUAUACCGCCGCAAAUUCAGGAUAACCCGAAUGGAUGGGGACCCAAUCAAAUACCCGAUCAAUUUAAAGAUAUGCCCUAUCAGCCUUUUUCUAAAGAUGUUCGUCUUGGAAAGGUAUCUGAUUGGACAGGAAGCACUUAUCAAGAUAAAAGAUAUCUAGGAAAAUACAAUUCUGCAUUUGGAGGUGGGAGUCAAUAUGCCUAUUACCAUGAAGAGGAUGAAAGCACUUUUCAAUUGGUGGACACUUCAAGGGUCCAAAAACCAGUUUACCAGAGAAGAGGUCGUCUGUUUCAACAGAAUCGUCAGCGCAGGGAUAGAGAACGCCGCCAGCAGCAAACUCAAGCUAACAUGCUUGUUCUUACCAAGACUCAAAAGAAUCGUGAGAGGGAUAGGCAGCGACUGCUUAAAAAAUGGCAGAAACAAUUUGGUAAACAAAUGCAGGAGAAUAGAAGCAAGAUGCCCAUUAGAAACCGUGACGCAUCUGUGCAAAUCAAGGAUGAUUGGGUCGUAGUUGAAGAGAUGGAUUUCCCACGACUGACAAAGCUAAAUCUUCCUGAUAUUAAAGAAGGAGAAGAUUUGAUGACAUGUGGCUCCAUGGAGUUUUAUGACAAAACUUAUGACAGAGUCACAACUAAAAAUGAAAAACGGUUGAAAAGGAUUAACCGAAUUUUUCACAAGGUUACCACAACAGAUGAUCCCAUCAUUAGACAGUUGGCUAAAAGCCAAGGAAAUGUGUUUGCAACCGAUGCUAUAUUAGCAACAAUGAUGUGUUGCCCCCGCUCAUCCUAUUCCUGGGAUGUUGUUGUCCAGCGUGUUGGAAACAAGUUAUUCUUUGACAAACGUGAUGACUCUGACUUUGAUCUUCUCACUGUAAGUGAGACAGCAACAGAACCCCCACAAGAAGAUGGCAGUGCUAGCAUCAACUCCCCUCGUAGUUUAGCUCUUGAGGCAACUUUUAUUAACCACAACUUUUCUCAGCAAGUUUUGAGAAUGAAUGAGGAAAAAUACAGCUUUGAGAAGCCCAAUCCCUUCAUCCAAGGUGCUGAUGAUUCAGAAGUAGCAUCUGUUGGAUACAGGUAUCGUAAAUGGGAUCUUGGUAAUGAUAUUGUCUUGAUAGCUCGAACAGAGCAUGAUGCUGUGACAAAUGGUCCCAAUAAUGAAAUUCAAUUUAUGAAUAUCAAGUCUCUAAAUGAAUGGGAUUCAAGGUUUUCUGGUGGUGUUGAUUGGCGCAGUCGUUUAGACAGCCAGAGAGGUGCUGUUCUUGCCACUGAACUUAAAAACAAUAGUUGUAAAUUAGCCAAAUGGACUGUCAGUGCUUUGUUGGCAGGAUCUGACCAGAUUAAAUUUGGAUAUGUGUCUCGGUUACACGUGAAAGACACAGCCAAGCAUGUGCUACUUGGAACCCAACAGUUUAAGCCUGUAGAAUUUGCCAGUCAGAUCAACUUGAACAUGGAUAAUGCUUGGGGUAUUCUAAGAUGUAUUGUGGACACGUGUAUGAAACUGAAAGAAGGCAAAUAUCUCAUCAUGAAAGAUCCAAACAAGCCUGUUGUUAGGAUCUAUGAUAUUCCUGAUCACACUUUUGAGUCAGAUGAGGAUGAAGAUGACGACGAUGAUGAUGAUGACGAUGAUUCAGAUGAUGAUUCAGACGAUGAUGAUGAUGAUGAAGUCGAAAAGUAAAAAUUGAUUUGAGACAGCUUGAAUAUUUUUCUUCAUGAUGAAGAACUUGUGUAAUUGGAGCUAAAAGAACUGUAUACAUGA